AUGUCGCUGGCCUUGAGUGGGGUUAUGCUGCUUUUGAAGCAGGAAGGGAUUCACAUUCCUGCCAUGGUCAGUGAUCACUCCUCAAUGAGGCCACCAGCUCUUAGGGAGACUAGACCAACAGAGAAGGAGGAGGCUGACCUGGGGCUGUGGCAGCCGAAAUUCUGUUGGACUGGUGGAGGUGGAGGCAGCCUGGAGCAGUCUAAUAAAGUGUCCAGAAGCCCCAUGAUCUGCUCCUUGGAUUUGAUUUUCAGUCACCUGACUUUGGCCAACACCAUAAUUCUCCUUUCCAUUGGAAUCCCAGAGACCAUGUCAGCCUGGGGACAGAGAAAGUUCCUAGAUGACGUUGAAUGUAAAAUCCUUAUGUAUCUUUACCGAACGACCCGAGGUUUCGCCAUCUGCACCACCUGUCUCCUACGCGUGUUCCAGGCCGUCAUCAUCAGCCCCGGCACCUCCCGCUGGGUACGAAUUAAAGCCAAAUUACCUAGGUGCAUCAUCCCCUCCUGCCUCCUGUCCUGGAUUCUCAGUCUGCUAAUAGACUUGAGUACACUAAUACACAUGAAAGGCCCCCAGAACAGUAGCCUUGUCCAAAUCAUGCUAGACCUCAAAUAUUACACAAAAGUAGGUGUCAGUGCAGAAUCCGCUCUGGUAAUCACGGUCGUGCUCUCCCUGAGGGAGCUGUUCUUCGUACGGCUCAUGAGUGUGGUCAGUGGCUACAUGUUGUUUAUCCUGUACAGGCACCACCAACGAGUACUGCAUCUCCACGGACCCGGCCGCUCCCCUGGGGAGAUGCCCGAGGUCAGAGCGGCCAAGAGGGUCAUAACCCUCGUCGCACUCUAUGUCCUCUUUUAUGUGCAACAGUCAGUCAUGCUGAGUGUUAUAUUCAGCGCGAAGGAAAAGAUGUCUCUGCUGGUGAAUUGUCAAAUGAUAUUAGGAUUCGCUUUUCCAGUCAUUUGUCCGUUUUUGAUCGUUCAUGGUGAUAGGAGAAUAAAGGCAUUCUGGAAAAAGGAACCACCUGCUUCCGAUGAAGAUUUUCCAUAG